AUGUUCACGUCCUUUACGGGCAACUCUCGCCGCCCCCGACAGGUCAACCUCUCCGGCCGCAACAACAACCCCUUCGCCGCUUAUCCCUCCGGCCGACAGAACCCGCAUGGCUCGGGUCCGCAAAAUACCCUCGCUAUCGCACAGCAGGAACGCCUGGCCAGACAACAGGAGAGGGACCGGUUAGGGGCCACGCGAGUCGUGCAGCGGACAUGGAGGGGCUACCGGAGCAGGAAGACAACGCAUGGGAACUGGCGGGCGGAAUGGGACGCGAUCGAGGACAAAAGGACAGAGUCUCUGCCUUUGUUCGCCGACCUGGCAAAGCAGCAAGGCAGCGAGCUACAGGCCGCUCCCCCGUUUGGCACGGCGAAUGCGUGUUUAUCGCAGCUCCGCCUGCUGGUUCAGUUCUUUGAACAGCGAAAUAGCGGCGACGUCGCUCGCUUGAUAUACUUCUCGGAUGCAUUUCAGAAAACUUUACACGAGGUGCCGUCGCUGGCUACGGAGGGGGAAUGGACGAUGCUUUUGAAGCGUCUGGCUGAGAUAACGCUACGGGUGUUGCACUCGGCGGACUCGUCAGCUGUGCCCGCCUUUGCUGUACCACGGCUUCUGCAGCUCUUGGUGUUUCUCACGGGCCUUAUCCCCAAGCCGAUGGCGCGCCUUGCUCAGGAGUAUUAUUCAACCAUGGCAAUUCUGACCAAGAAUUUUGUAACGAUAUCGGGUCGGUCGCCUCUGUCGAAAUCCGAUCUUAUUCAGACUGUCCUUGCCUUGCUAAUGCCUAUCACUUCCGAGACCCUCACCGCGUAUGAGUGGUUCGCUAAGAGCUACCUUACCCUCCCUAACCUCAUGGAGACCUUGGGGUCUUUGGAUAUUCUGGCAAACAAUGUCAACUAUAAGCUAUUGACGUCUGCCCUGGAGCCUCUACGUGUUGGCUCCGCUGAUCGCAGCCAAACUUCCGAUGGAACGGACUCUCGACUUUGGCUGCUGGCCUACUUCAUCUAUUUCAACAGAUUCGCUUUAGGAGAUCAAAUCGCGAACCACUCCCCGGAGCUUGGGUUCGUCAAAGUCGUUUCAGAAUUGUUAAAUUCAACCGCUCUACAAAUUACUCGGCGCCUGGAGGCUGAGGAGUCUGCGGAUUUCGACGACGAUAAUAAUAAUGAUAAGCAAGAAUUCCUACUUCCGUUUAUCAAAGAUCAACUAUUCAGCCUCGUCAACCCAGCGAGCAUAACGGGUCUACUCUCACAGCUCCAACCCGCCCACCUAUCCCAAGGCGAACUCGCAAACUCCAACUCUGAUGCUUCGAAAGAUGCCAAGGAUCUCGCCAAUUAUGCUUUGACGCUGCUAAGGGUCUUCCCCCGGCGAGGCGAUGAUAUCCGCAUGUGGCUGUACUUGGGAUCCGCUGCCUCAUCGGACCGGAUGGGUGGAUCAACAUCGAGGAUUCCGGCUGUCAAAUACUUUUGGCAUGCAUCGAGGUCUAGUAGGUUGUUCGCGGCGAUUAGUCGUGACUCCACAAAGGUUUUGCCGUUACUAAAGCCUGCAAGCGCGGCAUCUGGCUCUACGGACAUUUCUCAAGCCGACAGGGACCAAGAAUGGACCACCAUCCUCCUUUUCCUCGAGUUGUAUACUUUCGUCCUCAAGGUUAUGGACGAUGACGAGUUUUUCUCUAGCGCCUCCUCUUUCACUGCUUCUUCCAAUGCGCGUGUGACUUGGACUAGGGAAAGCGCACUUCCACUCAACGAUGUCAAAGAACUGACUGUCUUCCUCAAGAAUCUUGCAUUUACACUUUACUGGAACUCGGCUGAUCUCACCGAAAACGAAACAGUCCUAGAUGGUGGUGCGGGACUCCGAAGUUAUUUCAAUUCACUCACCCCGCAGUUGGAUACGAUAGGGAGUGUUAGGGAUAUAGAGAACAAGAACAAAGAGAAGGGGCUACCUGGUGUAACAGGAAUUCCUCUCGAUUACUUCAAGGGUCUUAUUACAGGCCUUCUACGGAUGGUCCACGAACGGGACUCACGACGAAAGUUCCUCCCCGAGCGUCACUGGUUGAUGACCGACCGGUUCGACAUGGAGGGAUUCAUCCCGGCCGUCGUGGCAGAAGAAGAGAACCGGCUCCAACUACAAGACGAAGAUGAAGAAGACCCCGAUGACCUGAUGAGCGAUGCUUAUGAUGAGCCGUCUCUUGGCCUUGUCGGAACGGGCUUUGCCCAACAAGCGCGUCGGAUUGAAUCUCUGAGACGCCGCCAGCAGCAGGCCGCUCGUCGAAAACAGCUAGAGGCUGUGGCGCCACGGCUGGAAAUAUUGAAGAACAUGCCCUUUUUCAUACCAUUUGCGACACGGGUUCAAAUAUUCCGCGAGUUCAUCUACCGCGAUCAACUGCGCCGAAGACACGGGUUCAUUGACCCGGAUUCAUGGCGGAUGUCGGUGGCACAGGCGUCUAUGGGCGCGCUUAAUGGGCCACCAAUGACCGACAUCCUGAACAGACACCAUGCGAAUAUCCGCCGUGAAAGUUUGUUCGAUGAUGCGUUUGACCAGUUUUAUGAACUUGGGGAUGGGCUCAAGGAGCCGAUUCAGAUUACAUUUAUUGACAAGUUUAAUGCCCCCGAAGCGGGCAUUGACGGAGGUGGUGUUACGAAGGAGUUCCUAACCAGCGUUACCAAUGAAGCGUUCAAGUCUACGGUUGGCCUCCGGUUAUUCGAAGAAAACGAUCAACACCUGCUCUACCCUAGUCCUGUUGCAGUCGAGCAACGGAAAGAAAACCUACGGCAGCUGGGACUGAAGGAAAAUACCUCCGAGUGGAACGAGCAGGUCCGUGACUUGCUCCGGAGGUAUGAAUUCUUGGGCCGUGUAAUUGGAAAAUGUCUCUACGAAGGCAUUCUGGUUGACGUUGGUUUUGCACCGUUCUUCCUACUAAAGUGGGCUUUGACGGGCGGGAUGAGUUCUGCUCAACGAGAGACUGCGUACCGAGCCAACCUCAACGAUUUGAAGGAUUUGGACUCGGAACUAUACCAGGGUUUGCUACAAUUGAAGAACCAUCCCGGAGAUGUAGAAGACUUCUCGUUGAAUUUCACCGUCACGGACACGAUACCAACCCCAGAUGGACGCAAUCGGACCAUCACUCGAGACUUGAAGAGCAACGGCUCCGAUACGACUGUUACGAAUCAGAAUCGCCUAGUAUACAUAUCUUACAUCGCCCGCUACCGGCUUCAGGUACAGCCGGCCCUGCAGACGAAUGCCUUCCUGCAAGGCCUGGGACAGGUCAUCCAGCCAUCGUGGCUCUCGAUGUUCAACCAAUCCGAACUGCAGACGUUGGUGAGUGGCGAGUCUGGUGAUAUUGACGUGAUGGACCUGAGACGAAACACUUUGUACGGUGGCGUAUACACAAUAGGCGAUGACAAAGAAGAGCACCCGACAAUCAAGCUAUUUUGGGAGGUAAUGCAGAAGAUGACAAACGAGGAGCGACGGAAGGUGCUUGGGUUUGUCACGUCGACACCACGGGCGCCGUUGUUGGGGUUCAGCCACUUGCACCCACGGUUCAGCAUCCGCGACUCGAGCGAGGACCAGGAGCGGCUUCCUAGUACGAGUACGUGUGUGAACCUGCUGAAGCUGCCACGGUACAAGAGCGCGAGCGCGCUGCGGGAGAAGCUGUUGUAUGCAGUGAACUCGGGGGCCGGGUUCGAUCUGAGUUAG